AUGGCAGGACUUCCUCGGCCGACAAUUGUCGCGCCUCUACGAAAGAACAGUAUGCAUCCUCCACCUCGGCCUUCGACCACGAGAGGGCAUUCAGCGGCACCGCCCAGCUCGCGAAUUAAUAGAGUUGGAGCUAUAUCACCCGCAGGAUCAGUAGUUUCAGUCGCGACAACGAAUGGAGGAACAAAACGCAAGGAACGAGAUUUCGACCAUGACGACGAGGAGACUAAUAUCAACGUUGUGGUGCGCUGUAGAGGUCGUAAUGAACGUGAGGUUCGAGAGAAUAGUGGUGUAGUGCUGUCAACAGAUGGAGUCAAAGGCAAGAGUUUGGAAUUAUCUAUGGGGCCAAGCGCCCUUAGCAACAAAACCUACCAUUUCGAUAAAGUUUUCUCGUCUGCGGCUGAUCAAGGGAUGAUCUAUGAUGAUGUUGUGACUCCUAUUUUAGAUGAGAUGCUAGCAGGAUAUAACUGCACAAUCUUCGCGUAUGGACAAACAGGAACCGGGAAAACAUACACGAUGUCGGGAGAUAUGAAUGAAACGUUCGGCAUGCUAUCCGACGCAGCAGGAAUUAUCCCUCGAGCUCUCCAUGCCUUGUUCAACAAGCUUGAGCUUGACGACGCAGAAUGUUCUGUGAAAUGCUCUUUUAUCGAACUUUACAAUGAAGAGCUGCGAGAUCUGCUUUCACCAGAUGAUAACGCGAAACUCAACAUUUACGAUGACAAGAGCAAGUCUGGACAUGCGAUGUCUACAGUUGUACGCGGCAUGGAAGAAUCCUAUAUCAGAAGCGCCGUUGAUGGUAUCAAGCUUCUCCAGGACGGCAGCCACAAACGUCAAGUUGCAGCAACCAAAUGUAACGAUCUGAGCAGUAGAAGUCACACCGUUUUCACCGUCACUACAUACAUCAAACGGACAGGCGACAAUGGUGAAGACUAUCUAUGUGCCGGAAAGUUGAAUUUGGUGGAUCUAGCUGGUAGUGAAAAUAUUCAGAGAAGUGGCGCGGAGAACAAGCGAGCAGCCGAAGCUGGAUUGAUUAAUAAAAGUUUGUUGACUCUCGGGAGAGUGAUCAACGCUCUCGUUGAUCGGAGUAGCCAUAUUCCGUACCGCGAAUCGAAGCUCACGCGGCUGCUUCAAGACUCUCUGGGGGGCAGGACUAAAACGUGCAUCAUCGCGACAGUAUCACCUGCAAAAAGCAAUCUUGAAGAGACGAUCUCCACUCUAGACUACGCCUUCCGCGCGAAGAACAUCCGGAACAAACCGCAAAUCAAUCAAACGAUCAACAAGAAAACGUUAUUGAAAGAGUUCACGUAUGAGAUAGAAAAACUCAAAAGCGAGCUUAUAGCUGCCCGACAGCGCAACGGGGUCUAUCUGGCAAACGAAGCUUACGAGGAAAUGACGGUCGAAAGGGAAUCGAGGCGUAUUUUGUGCGAAGAGCAAGCAGCUAAGAUCGAAACAAUGGAGACAAACCUAAGGAGCAAAGUGCAGGAGUUGUUUUCGUUGACUUCAACCUUUAUGAAUCUGAAGAAGGAGAAUGAAGGCACCAGAAUAACGCUUGACGAGACUAAAAGCGUUCUUGAACAGACCGAGUUUGUUCUGAACAACACUCGUCAAAGCUUGGUAGAGGAGACUUUGCUUCGAAAAGCCCAUCAAGAGACCGAAGAAAAGCUUAGCGCUGUAGGCAGCGAGCUGAUCUCUACUCUCGGAAAAACAGUCGUUGAUGUUGGUGGGCUACAUGACAAGAACAGAAGGAAAUCAGAUCUGCAAUCUCUGAAUCGCAACAUUUGGGGCCUCUCCCAAGCCCAAGUAUCCGAGGUCACAAGCAUGGUGGAGACAAGGGUCGAAGACUUCCGAACACAGCAGCAGGAGCUGAUGACGGCAGUUUCAGACAGAAUGCAGUCGUUCAUCGGAGAAGAGUUAGAGAAGCUCUCAGCUACCCAGUCCUUUCUGGAAUCAGAUGUGGCCACUUUUGGCGAAUCUGAAAAAGAAGUCCUAGGGCAGUCAGUUUCCGCAAAGAAUGAGAUGGAUAACGUCCUGGAGGAAAUCAAAACUCUACGGGAAGAGGUUAAAGGCAGAGUUGGGUUGGGACUUCAAGGACUAUCCGCGGCUGCUGCACGGAUUUCUGAAGAGGUCAUUGGCGAAUUGGGGGCAUUUCACACACAGCUCCAUGGCUCGUAUAGCUCUCUUGGUCGCGACUUUAAAGCCCUGUUCGAGGAACUCCUCAAACAUGUCAAUGCCCAAAAGGAAGAAGCCAACACCUUGCGGAGGCAAUUGACAACUGCCAGCGAAUUGGCUAUGCAGGCCAAUAUUGCUGCAGAAUCGAAACUUGACGAGGUUCUUCGUCAAGAGAGAGAGCAAGCUGCUACGGAUCGUCAGAAUCUGCUCUCGCAAAUAACUGGGCUCGUCAUGGCUCAAGGCGAGAAGCAGGAUGCUCGUCUUGCGAACAGCAUUCAUGGUGUGCGACAGGAGAUUAUCGCUUCAAAAGACGCUUUCGAAUCUUCACACGCGGAGUAUGGUGUCGCUAUGGACUCCUGGAAUGAUGAUGAAAGCAAACUGGUCGAGGAGGUCCUGCGAUCUCGGGAAACGCUCAAAUCCAAGCUCAAGGAAGAUUGGGUGGCGGCCAACAAGCACAACUCUUCUCUCCAAACGUCUACGAAGUCUGUUCACGAAGAAAGUGUCCGCAUCGUCAAUGAACAGAUGAAAGAUAUUGAGAUUCAAAUGCAGGCCCUUGAUGAUUUUGUCAGCCGAGCUCGAUCUCAGAAUGCUCAGCAUCACGACAGCCAUGUUCAAUCGCUUCAAGCCCUAUCUACCACCGUCAAAACAUCGUACGGCAAUGUUGGUUCACAUUUCAACGCUACGUAUGAGCGAGUGCGUGAUCUCGGAGAUGAAAUGUCAAUUAGGACAAGUUCGUUACAAGAUUCGCUAAAACCGCUUGAUACGGUACUAAGACAGCCGCUUGCCGAUCUUCGCUCGAACAUCGCGACUACGGAAUUCCAAGAGUAUCAACCUACCGGAGCAACACCCCAAAAAGUUCAAUAUAUGUUCCCAACCGAACUGCCGAAAACGGGUACGCAUGAGCAAUUGCUUGCGGCUCUGCGCCGACCAAUGGGCUCAACUUCGGCUACCAAGAGCCUCUCUAAAUCCUCAGCAAUACCAACUGUAUUUAAUGACAUAAUGGAGGGUGUAAUAGACACUGCCGCGCCUUUGACAGGUCCCAGUAUCGAAGCAUCUACAUCUGAAAGGCCUGUGACAAGUGGUGGUCUCCGCGAGGUCGACUCUAAUGUUACUGCACGGUCAAUAAAUAUAGAAUUACAAAGCUCAACGACCCUCAUCAGCGACGUUUCUAAGGACACCAAGGAGCUUUUUCGAAGAAGCGUAACGGGUGCCGGCAAACUGCCGGUGUUGAGGAGUAAAAAGUCGACCAGCAGUAUUCCUCCGGCAGAAGGAAGAGAAAAUGUGAACAUCUUGGCACAAAGCACGGGUCGGAGGAGAAGUCCAAGAACGGGAUAA